AUCUCUACCAUCAACACACGUGUAGGGGACAAGAUGGAAGAGGAAGACAAGCUAGCCAAAGGCGUAGAGGGAUGGGGGGAGGAAGAGGACCAUGGCGGAAGCAGCAGUUCAGAUGACGAACAGCUGAGCCACGUGAGGAAAAACAAAAAGAAAAAGGGAUCAGGAGGGUUUCAGGUGAUGGGCCUAAGUUCAUCUGUCUUUAGAGGAAUCAUGAAAAGAGGCUACAAGAUCCCGACUCCCAUCCAGCGCAAGACAUUGCCAGCCAUCCUAGAAGGUAAGGAUGUUGUUGCUAUGGCCCGAACGGGAAGUGGAAAGACCGCUUGUUUCUUGAUCCCCAUGUUUGAGAAGCUGCUGAAGAGCAACCACAGCGUGCUGUCGGGACCAAGGGCACUCAUCCUCUCCCCAACACGAGAACUGGCAUUGCAGACUCUCAAAUUCACAAAGGAACUAGGCUUUUUCACACGUCUCAAAGCCAUCGUGGUUGUUGGAGGAUACAACAUGGACUCCCAGUUUGCUGCCAUGCACGACAAGCCUGAUAUCAUUAUUGCCACACCCGGAAGACUGGUCCAUCUUUGUGUCGAGAUGAGCUUGAAGCUGGAGACAAUACAGUACGUGGUGUUUGACGAGGCUGACAGACUCUACGAGAUGGGCUUCGCAGAGCAGAUUGACAAUAUUAUCAGCCGUCUCCCCGAAGUCCGCCAGACACUCCUCUUCUCUGCUACACUCCCCAGGCUCCUGAUCAACUUUGCAAGGGCUGGUCUGAAUAAUCCUGUGCUGAUUCGACUCGAGUAUUUUACAAAAUUAUCUGAAGAAGUUGGCUCUUUUUUCUUCAAGUGCAAUUCAGAAGACCGGCUUCCCCUGCUGUUCCAUCUCCUUCAGAAUGUCAUAGGCAGCAAGGAGCAGUCUGUCAUUUUCGUGGCCACCAGUCACCAUGUUGAGUACCUCCAGUCGGUAUUGGAUUUGGCUGGCUUCUCCGUCACCUAUUGUUACUCCUCCCUGGACCCAGCAGCAAGAAAGAUCAACAUUGCAAAGUUCCAAACAAAACAGGUCCAACACUUUAUCGUAACGGAUGUGGCAGCCCGCGGUAUUGACAUCCCCCUGCUCGACAAUGUGAUUAAUUUCAACUUCCCAGCCAAACCGAAGCUGUUUGUCCACAGAGUGGGUCGUGUUGCACGUGCUGGACGUUCAGGCGUUUCCUAUUCCUUUGUUGCCCCUGAUGACGCACCCUACUUGCAGGAAUUGCACAUGUUCUUGGGCAAGGAAAUAAGGCUUGCACCACAUCCCCCAGAGAAGAAAUACAAAGAUGACUGGAACUACAUGUAUGGAACCAUCCCACAGUUCAUCCUGGACAAUGAGAGCGAGGAGAUCCUGAACAUUCACAAAACAAACAUGGAAUUGGAAAAACGCAAAAUUGGCAUGCAGAACGGCUACACACAGUAUGUCAGGUGCCGGCCUGUCCCCUGUAAGGAGAGUGUGAGACUGAUCAAGGAAAGAGAGUUGCUCAGUGUCAUUGGUCAUCAUCCUUUGCUUGUGCAGAACACGGAUGCAGCAGAACUGGAUGCUAAACGCCUUGAGAUGCUGCAGAAGCUGAAGACACUUACGCCAAAAAUUACUGUCUUUGAGAUGAGCAAAAAUAAGUCUGAGUUCAAGUCUAAGGUCCUGUCCAACAUGCAGGAGAAGAGGGAUCAUGAUGAAGCUCGUAUCAAGGCCUUCCAGAAGACCCUACAGUUUAGAGAGAGUGCAGAAGUUGGAGCAGAGCACAGCUGAGGAGGUUGAGGACACCUUUGCCAAUGUCCGGAAUGCUAAAAAGUAUAAGAACAAGAAAGCCAGGUCUGAGAGUCAGGACAGCUUUUUUGAAAAGGAGAAAGAAGACUUCAGAGAUAAGCAGUUCUACAUUCCUUACACACGAGGAGAGCUUGAAAAUUCAGAUGGUGCUGGAGUAGGCAGUAGUUUCCACAAAGACACAGCCGAGGCAGCAAUGGAUCUUACAUUUGAUGAUGAAGAGACACAGAGACAGAACAAAUCACUCAUGAGAUGGGAUCGUAAGAAGAAAAAGUUUGUUGGCGUGCAAAAUGAAAAGAGGAUCAAGACAGAGUCAGGUCAGUCUAUAAGUGCAACAUACAAGACAAACCGCUACAAGAGGUGGCUGAAGACAGGCAGGCAGCACAAGGAAGUUGAUGAAGAAGAAGAAGCCGAGGCAGCCAACACGAGGGAGGGAAGGAAGGCAGGAGGCGUGAAGACUCUGAAUGAAAAGUCAUUCAGCAAGCAUCAUCCACUGAUGGAUGGCAAAAUUCCGAAGUACAAGAGAGGACCAAGGAUAGAACUGAGAUCAGAGGAACGAUUCCAGAAGAACAUCAAGAGGAGAGAUGAGAACUUCAAGAAGGCCAAGCUAGGAAGAAGGAAGAACCAGUUGGCAUUGAGGCAGAAACUGAAGCAGCAUCGUAAGAUGUUGAGGUUUCAGAGACAGGGAAUUCAUUACUCUAUGGAUGGGGAUUUAUAGAUUUUAGGAUUGUAAUGUGUUUAAUAAAAUCUCUGUAAGGAG